AUGACGCUGGAUGUCGAAGACGAGCAGGUUUUCAAGGCAUUUGUAAUCAAGAAGUUGGAAGCCAUCUCGGAUGCCGACUCAGAAGUGCUUGCCGACUAUGUCGUUGCGCUCGUCAAAACUGACGAGGCCGAUGCAGUAUCUGGUGCACUGAAGGACUUCAUCCCAGACAGUGCCCAGACAUUCGUCAACGAAAUCUUCAGCGCUAUCGCAACGAGAUCCUACGACCUAAGCGCUCCUUUGUCGAAAACAACGGUCAGCGGACUCGACGCCACGGGCCGCGCAUACAACAAGUCGAACAAGGUGCCAGCAGGAUCUCGGAAGCGCUCCUACCAUGACUGGGACGCAGAAGGGGGUCAGAACGGCCACAUCCCAGUGCUCGAGACGAUCACACGAUCACCAAAGCGGACUCAACGUGGUAGCAAACCAAGCAGCUUAUCGAGAUUGAAGAUCUCACCACCUUCAUACGCCCCCUCUUUCAAUCAGACGCGCCCGAGCAUGCACUUGCCACCCUUGCCAACACCUCCCCCUGGCAUGCCACCUUUCGACUUGAGCAAUCCCAUGGCCAGCUUUUUGGCCAUGCAGCAAACCAUGGGGAUGUUCCUCGGUAUGCCAGAUGGCGGAUUCUUCGAACGUGCUGGAGGUAUUAGUGCUACGCCUGAGGAUCGACAAUGCCACGACUACCAUACGAAAGGUUUCUGUACGCGUGGUACAUCAUGCCCAUACGAGCACGGCGGAAACGCUGUUUUUAUUGCUGAUCGAAACGACGGGUACGAACCUGAGGCGCCAUUCGUGCAGGAGUCUAUUCCGCAAACCAGCGAUCAUCAGCGUGCUGGAGGGUUUCCAGCCGUACAUCAACACAGCAAUAGCAAUGAACGCCGAGCCAAAGGUCAUCGUCCUUCGUUCUCCAUGGCAGGGCCAGAUAGAACGGACAGAUCCAACACUUCCAUCGUCGUCGAGCAAAUACCCAAGGACUACCUCAAUGAGCCGUCAAUACAGGACUUCUUCUCCCAAUUUGGGAAGAUCGACCAUAUUGAUUUGCACUAUCAUCAUGCCCUGGCAAUCGUGAAGUACAACAACCAUAAAUCUGCCAGAGCCGCAUACCAAAGCCCAAAAUGCAUCUUCGAGAACCGGUUCGUUAAAGUAUUCUGGCAUAAGCUGGUGAGUCCGGCAACGAACGGCCAUGCUCACCCCCCAGAAGAGGAUAUCACACCGAUGACUUCUGAGCAGCCCGCUCUUGAUCUGGCGGAGGUGGCGAAACGGCAGGAGGAAGCACAGAAGAGGCACGAGGCGACCAAGCAGAAGCGAAACGAGAUCUUGGAGCAAAGAAGGGCGCUGGACCAGAGGUUGGGCGAGAUCAAUUUGGAACGACAGCGGGCUAUCGAAAUGCUGGCAAAGCAGUCAGGGAGCAGUGUAGCUGGUGACGAUGACGAGCAGACGACUAUGCUCAAGGCCAAGUUGGCGGAGUUGCAGAGCGAGGCGAAGACCCUUGGCAUCGAUAUGGAUAGAGAGGUGAUGAACAAUGACAGUCAUGCCCCCUUGGCUACCCGUAUUCGUGGCGCAGCCAUCGGACAGUCCAGAGGUCGUGGCUACUCAGCCAGCUAUCGAGGUCGAGGCGGUGGCAGAUCAGUCAUGAGCCUUGACAAUCGAUCCAAGACUGUCGCUAUAACUUUCGCAGAGGGCCGACGGCAAGAUCAUGAAGAGACAUUGAGGCAUUAUCUCAUGUUCAACGGUCUGGAUUCGGCAUCGUUGACGCAACACCUAAGUCGCGACGACACUGCUUUGAUACAGUUCCAGCAGCGUUACGAAGGUGAAAACUUCCUAUCAGCUGCUUCUUAUGCUGGGCCGUUGGCACACUCGGAUCUACCUAAGGUCAUCGGCAAGGUCAAACUCAAGUGGCACAAGCUCGAAGAAACCUCGCUGUCGCAUGUCGACAAUCUUUCGGAAAUUCCCGACUCAGACGCCGCCGGUUGUGGCGCACAGGAUGGGCUACAGCUUGAUAGCAAGCAAGACGUCCCACACCGUGAGGAUCGUGAUAUGGACACUUAUGAUGAGGUCGAUGAAGUGUAUUGA